AUGGAUAAAAAGAACAAAAAUCCGACAAGAAAGAGAUUCCGGUGGUGGUUUCCCAAAAAGAAAAAGAAAGCAGGUCCACUUGACUUAACAGAAGACAUCCAAGGUGUUGCUGAAGAAGAAGAUAAUAAUUUUGGUGGCUGGUCUCUUGAAAUGGAUCCAUGCAUUUCAACCCGCGAAUUAAGAGUCUUCGUUGGCACUUGGAAUGUCGCGGGACGAUCUCCUGUGGGUAGCCUAGCUGUAGAUUUGGAUGACUGGCUAAACCUUAAAGAUUCAGCAGACAUAUAUGUUCUUGGAUUUCAGGAGAUUGUUCCUUUGAAGCCUAGAACUAUCAUAGCUGGAGAAAACUUAACGGAAGCUGCUAAUUGGAAUCAGCUCAUAGGAAAAACUCUAAAUGACAAAUACGGAUGCCCUUGGUUAACACCUAUGCUAAAUCCUAUCAAUAGUGAAGAUUACAACUAUUCAGAGAUUCCUGAAUCUACGAAAAAAUUUUCAUUCAAAAGCCGAGGUUUUAGUCGAACGAGAAGUCAGCAUGUAUCGCAAACUGGGCAACAGUAUAGAUACACCAGGUACAAGUUACUGGCAAGCAAGAAAAUGGUAGGUGUAUUUUUGAGUGUUUGGAUAAGAAGGGAGUUGCUGAAGAUAUACAGCAUAUCGGAGGUGAAAAUUUGUUCAGUGGCUUGUGGUAUAAUGGGUCGGUUAGGAAACAAAGGAUCAGUCUCCGUCAGCAUUACAAUAGGAGGAACGAGCUUUUGCUUCAUUGUAGCUCACUUGGCUUCAGGUGAGAAAAAAGGCGAUGAAGGGAAGAGGAAUUACCAAGUAGCAGAAAUUUUCCGUCGGACAUCAUUUCCCAGAAUUCCAGUAGAUAGGAAACAUCCUGUUCCUUUGACCAUCUUAGGACAUGACCGGAUAUUCUGGUUCGGAGAUCUAAAUUACAGACUAUGCCUGGAUGACAAUCUAGCUAGGCAGUUGAUAAUGAAACAAGAUUGGAAAAGCUUGCAAAAGUUCGAUCAGUUGGAGAAGGAACUAGAGGGCGGUGUAUUCCAAGGAUGGAAAGAGGGAAGCAUAAAAUUUCCACCUACCUACAAAUACGCUUCAGCUAAUUCUAAUAGGUAUUCAGGUGGUGUUCCCAACAGAGCAGGAGAGAAGCAACGGACCCCAGCAUGGAGCAGGAACAAGCAGAUGAUGAAGCGAUGUUAAGAUCUUCACCGGAAAGGGUGCUUAAAGAUCACCAAAAAUCACAUACAACUACAGAUCAAAUAGAUGAGAGAUGAUGCGUCUGCAUAACAGUUUCUACUGUUCAUGCAGGACGUACUACUAUUCUAUUGAAGAUAGCACGUAGAAGAAAAAUAUGGUUAUUGCCAUUGCAAAGCAAGUGUUUAUCUACUAUCAAAGUGAUAUUGUCCUGUGUAGCUCUGAAUCUCACCCCAGAAGUGUAAAAAGUACAUGAUACGAAAAAGAGAGAUUUACAGAAAAAAAAAAAAAAAAAAACGCUAUUAGAUUGUAAUUGAUGACAAAUGCAUCAUGUGAUUCGUGGUUUUUCAACCAACCACUGUAGGAUAGAGAAAGCACUGGCUCAAUAUGGUAAUACUGGUCCAAGAUGAAAUUGAAGUACUUUACAAGAUUUCAUCUAAUAAAAAGCAGUUGCAAACUAUGUGAACAAGUAGAUUGAAAACUUUAGUGUCUCUACUGCUUGUGAGAAAGUAAUCUAAGAUUAUGUUCCCAAUCAUUCAAGUGACAGAAAAUUGUGGACAUAAAACAACUUACUAGAUAUUAAGUUCUGCUGUUUAUCUGGAGAAGACCAUUAAAAUGCCUCAGAAUUCUCUUGCUGCAAUGCCUCUGAAUUGUCUUGCUGGCAACUGGGACACACAAAUUUCCUCUGUAGCUCAUUACUCAAAGAAGCGUAAACCCUUUCGCAUUCAGAAGUCUGC